CGUCAAUGUAAUGAAUAAUACAGCAAAAAACGUUUUGUAGCUUUUUAAACGAAUGGUUGAGAACAGGUCAUGAGAACAGGCUGAACAAACACAAUGAGGUGAUGAGACCGAGAGAAUAAAGUGAGAGUGAAAAUAGAGGGUGGGGUAGGUUGCACCGCACAAUAGAUUAAUUAUGCAUGCCUAGAUAUUUUGGCCACCAGCUCGUACACAGGGGGAGAGAGGACUGCCUGUCUCUGUGUCUCUCAGCUAUGGGCUCUUCUGCAAGAUGGGUGCUGUGGACCCUGUGUGUGUGUUUUACCGCUCUGGAGAAUGUUGCACUCAGGGUAACCAUGAGGGAAUCCAGUCUAAAGGUGGUUCAAGGGGAUGUUGUUGUGCUGCCUUGCUCCUUCUUCACCUCCAGCCCCCUCUCCAGACUCAACGUUAUCUGGACCCUGGCACCCUUCUCCAGUCCAGAAAUCCCAAUACAGGUGAUUGUUUACGACCAUGGACAGGUGAUUGAAGACCCCUCACUCAUUGGCAGGGUGGGUUUUACAGGUAUUCCCUGGAGUGCAGAUCUUGUCCUGAAUGACACACGUGUAUCAGAUGCUGGAAUUUACCGCUGCAUGGUCAAUAAUCCACCAGAGACGGCAGAUCCCGGCAUAGGAGAGCUGGAGCUUAGUAUUCUGGCUCCGCCUUCGCUGCCCGUGUGCCAGUGGGAUGGAGAUAUUGAUAUGGGAGGAAGUGUCACGCUGUCCUGCUCGGUGGCGGAAGGCGUCCCGACUCCAGAGAUCCGCUGGGAUAAAGUGAAUCCAGAGGAAAUCACACUUCCCAUCAACAUGGAGGGAGAUCUCUCAGGCUCCGUCCAAAUUGUCAAUGUGUCAUCUCAGACGUCCGGCCUGUAUCGCUGCUCUGCCACUAACCUCCUGGGAACAGCAAACUGCUACGUCAACCUCUCCAUCUACACCACUCCAGACAGUUCUUCAGGCAUGCUGCAGGGUGUGCUGCUCACCUUGUCCAUGAGCUUGGUGUUACUGGCGCUGCUGGUGCUCGUGCUGUGGCUCCAUCGCACUGGACAGGACGGGGGGUGGAGGGAAGGGAAAGAAGAGGAGUGUUACAAUGAGAUACGGUAUACUCCUUCUCUGAUGAAGCGCUCGUUUGUUUGAUUUCUCAACAUCCACAGGAAUUAAAAAAAAAAGAUAAAGACAUGCUCCUACCCGGGUAUCAAACAAAAGACUUCCAAGACUUGGUUUCAUAUAAAUAACGGAUUUUGGAAUGGAUUACAGCCUAGCCAGUGCUCCCUGCAUACUACUGUACAGCAUCAACUUUUGAAAUAAAUGCCCAAGUUUCCAAUAGGUGUGGUAUUUUAGUUACAAGAAUGAUCUACAGUUGUACGGCAUACUUCCAUGCUUUUCCAAAUUCCCUCAGAAUCAGGGGGCCAAUAAAGUUACAUGAUAAAACUCAAGAUCCCCUGGCUUAAUAAUUUAUCCAGAAAUAAACCAAAAGACAAGCACGGUCCAAACAUGACUGCAGACGUGUAGGUCACUAUGGUUACAUUUACAUAUCAAAUCUGUAAGAAAAUGCCUAUUUGUAGAAGCACACUCGUGUGGCAGCACAUUAAAUUAGUACUGGAUGUUGAUCACAAGUACCGCAUGGACAUGAAUGUUGUCGCAGCACACUUAACAGACUGGAGAGAAAACUACUGCGUAGACCAGGAAGGAGCUGGAGGCUGGUGAGCUGAAGCAGAAGGCUGCUGCCCGACAGAAUCAGCCUGACAUGCUGUGUAGAGUAAGAGCUCCGUGUCAAGAAGGAACAGACUGAAGAAGCCCAUCAGGUGUGUUUUCUCUGUAAGAGAGAAAAGAAACCGCAGAAAGUACAUAUCUGAAGAGGUGACAUUAAACGGUUUAGUAUAA